AUGAGCGGGUUCGAGCGCAUCCUCGCGCGCGUCAAUGGCGACGCCCUGCGCUCGUACUGCUCGUCCGCUAUCGAAGACGAGCUGCGCAACUUGCAGACGUGCAUGCAGACGUGUAUUGACAAAGCCGAGGAGGCGCUUGCCGUCCAGGACGCCGUUGCUAAGCUGGACGUGCCGCUCAGUCGCGAGAACGCCGCCACGUGUGCCGAUAUUAAGCGCAAGUACAGCACAUUCAGUGACGAGCUCCAGUCGUUUAUACAAGAGCAGCGGAAGCUGCAGGCAGAAGCGCCGGCCGACAGUGUCGAUUCCCAGCAGAAGCAAAGCGAGAAGCAGAACCGCGAGCUCGUGACGAAACUGCUGGGCAAGAUCCAGUACCGUAUGACCCGCAAGCGCAGCGACGCGUGGAUCGACAAGAGCUUCGCCGACGUGGCCAGUGUUGCCGAGUUGAUUGGACGCGGUGCACCUGCAGGUCCUGACGAGGCACUCCGCAACGAGUUGGUGCUUGUGCUGGACCACUUGAUCUCGUCCGUGCUCUUGAGUCCGUUGACGACCCAAUCGACGCUUCGAUCGAUGGACGACGUGCUGAAAAAGAUGGCGGGUGUGCACGAUGACAUUGACGAGUACAUCAGGUCGUCGAGCGACUUGCUGGCCAAGAAACGGCCGUCCUAUGCAUUGCAGAAUGAACUGGUUAGCAGCGAGUCGAACAAUAUUGUAGACGCAGCAGACGAGCCGCAGGUCAAGAGACAGCGUGUUGCUCAGGCUGACUUAUCGGUCAAGAUUGAGCAGACGGCCGCUGCUGUUGCAGCAGCAGAUGCUGCAGGAAAAGACGUGGUGUAUGAAGUGUUUGUCUCGGACUUGCCAUGGGGAUCGACAAAGGAGGCUGAUGUAGCAUCGUACUUUGGCAUUGCCGGCCCAGUCGUGUCCGUGCAGAUGCCCACGAUGGCCGAUGGAAGCACCGUAGGUGUUGCGAUUGUGCGCUUUGCGGCGUUGGACGGCAUGACACUUGCAAUGAGGAUGGACGGCUAUCCAUUCAACGGUAAAAAUAUCCGCGUGGCGUUGCACAAGUCCCAUUGA